AUGAACAGUGAAUACGAUUACCUUUUCAAGUUAUUAUUGAUCGGUAAUUCCGGUGUGGGUAAAUCAUGUCUAUUAUUGAGGUUUUCCGACGAUACAUACACGAACGAUUACAUUUCCACCAUUGGUGUUGACUUCAAGAUCAAAACGGUGGAAUUAGACGGUAAGACUGUCAAAUUACAAAUUUGGGAUACUGCUGGACAAGAAAGAUUCAGAACGAUCACGUCAUCAUAUUAUCGUGGAUCACACGGGAUCAUUAUCGUGUACGAUGUGACCGAUCAGGACUCGUUCAAUGGUGUCAAGAUGUGGUUACAAGAGAUUGAUCGUUAUGCUACAUCCACCGUGUUGAAGUUAUUGGUGGGGAACAAGUGUGAUUUAACUGAUAAAAGAGUGGUAGAAUACGAUGUGGCCAAGGAAUUCGCCGAUGCAAACAAGAUGCCGUUCUUGGAGACUAGCGCAUUGAACUCGACAAACGUAGAGGAAGCAUUCUUGACCAUGGCCAGACAGAUCAAGGAAAGCAUGAGUCAACAGAAGAUGGAGGAUGGUGGUGCCAAUGGCGGCAACAAGAACCCCGACGGUGGCAACAACGUGAACCUUGCCGGUCAGAGUUUGACGAACGGGGGUAGCAGCUGUUGUUAG